ACAAUGAUGGCGGUACCCCAGCCAAAGCAGGCAAAAGAGGACGAAGACUGCUCUCUUCUGCCUUUGGUUCACGACAUUAUCAAGUGCAUGGACAAAGAGAGCCAGGACGUGCACCAGGAGCUUAGCAAGCUGAAAGCCAAGAUCCAAGAAGCCCGGGAGCAGAUCUCCACCAUGCCCGGAAUCGAAAGCAGCCCAGUGGAGCAGCAGCAGCAGCUGGCGACGCUGCGGGAGCAGGUCCGCACCAAGAACCAGUUGCUGCAGAAAUACAAGAGCCUGUGUAUGUUCGAUGUACCCAAAGCAUCAUGA